AUGGUGUAUAGAGCAGUAGUGGAGGUCAGGGAUAAGAUAAUGAAAAACAAGAAGGAACAAUACAAGAGAAUGAGGGACUAUUGUGAGCAGAUUCUGAGUAGUAAUCCAGGAUCAUCCGCAAGACUGGAGGUCAUGCCAAUUCCAAAAGCCCCCCUUGUGAUUGACAAAUUAUACGUAUGCUUAGAUGCUUGUAAGAAAGGGUUCAAAGAUGGGUGCAUGCCUUUGCUGCACCUGGAUGGUUGUUUUCUGAAAACAUAUUACAUGGGCUGGCUUCUAGUAGUAGUUGCGCAAGACGCAAACAACCAAUUUUAUGUUGUUGCAUACGGGGAGGACAUAGGAGAUGAUGUAAAUCACGGCUGGAACUUCAUAUCGGACCAACAGAAGGGUUUACUCCCUGCCCUAAAGGAGGUCAUGCCACAUGCAAAGCUACGCAACUGCGUCAUGCACAUGUGGAAAAAUUUCAUAAACCGGUUCAAGGACUUGUACAUAAGAGAGGUUGUAUGGGAGUGUGCCAGAUGCACUACAGUUGCGAAAUUCAAGGAAUGUAUGGAAAGGCUGAAGGCAGUGAACCAGGGUGCUUGGGAUUACCUCAGUAAGUUUGAUCCAAAAACAUGGGUAAAUGCUUACUUCUCGCAUGGGCCAAAGGUUGAUAACCUCACAAAUAACAUGUGUGAGGUGUUUAAUGCCAAAAUUGUGAACUACCGAUGCAAGCCAAUCCUUACCAUGUAUGAAGAAAUCAGGUGUUACCUGAUGAGGAGGAUGGUGAAUCACAAGCGAGUGUCAGGCAACCACCCUGGCAAGUUAGCACCAGUCCAGCAAAAGAGAAUGGAGAGAUUAAUCAACCUUAGCACUAAGUGGACGGCAGAAUGGGUUGGAGACAACGAGAGGAAAAGGUUUGAGGUGAGCCGCAAAGCUAGCAAGGUUGAUGUAGACCUCAUUAAGUACACCUGCUCCUGCAACCGAUGGCAACUCACUGGAUUCUUCAAGCAGCCAACCAGGCAACACAACACCCCAGCAACAAGCAACCACUGUAAUUAUGCAGUUGUUCUGAGUGCAGCUCGACCAAGUCAGGCAAAAGUUGCACCAGUUCCAACCAGGGUUACUAGAUCCACCCUUGUCAUAGCACCACCAGGGCCAACAGUCAUUCUAUUUAGGCCACCGGCCCCGACUUCAACCCCUCCGUUUAAAGCUCCAGGCAAGGCUCCAUCCAUGGUAAACAACACAAUUCGGCCGAAACCAUCAAAAUUCAGAUCAAAGCAGAAGAUUUUCAGGCCGCCGGCUCUACUGGUUCAAGGACCAUCUAACACACAGCAGGGUGCACCAGCUCAGGAACUCUCCCAAAGAACAACUUCAUCUAACACCCAAACUGCUGCACACAAUCAGGAGGCUCCACUACUAACUGUACCAAGUGAGCCAACAUCUAAGGCAUCUAAUGAGUGA